AUGUCGCGCCGACGCCUGGCUGCGUCUGGCCCUCGCACGUUCACGAGCGCGUGGCUCAGCUGGCGCCCGCGCGUCUGCCUCUUUCACGGGUUCCUAUCCGCCGACGAGGCCGCGGCGCUCAUCGCUCUGGCCGACCGGCAAGAGGCGUGCGCUACCCACAGCGCCGGCGCGGCACGCACGAGCAGCGGGUGCUGGUUGCCGCGCUGCGACGCGCCCGCACAUCUUUGGCGCAGUGCCGACGAGCGACUGCUCGUCACGUCGGUGGAGGAGCGAAUCUCACACGCGACCGGCAUUCCUCUCCCUCACGGCGAGCCCAGCCAGAUCUUGCGCUACGCCCGUGGGCAGCGAUACACGCUCCACCCCGACUUCUUCGACCCAGAGGACGCGUGCGAGCUUGCAAACGGCGGCAACCGGCAGGCCACGAUGCUCAUCUACCUGAGCUCGCUCGCGCAUGCGGAUGGCGGCGCGACGCACUUUCCUAGGGCCGAGCUGCGCGUGCAGCCGCGGUGCGGCGACGCACUGCUCUGGUGGAACACGCGCUGCGACGGCCGCGUCGACCCAAGUAGCGCGCACGCAGGCGAGGUGGUGCUGUCGUCCACGAGCAAGUGGGUGCUGUCCAAGUGGCUGCGUCAACGGCCCUUCCAGACCGUCCAUAUGUUGUAG